AUGUUUCCCCCUCUAGCCAUCCCGUUCCCCCUUGUGCCAAUUCGUCCCCCCUCUUGCUAUCCUGUUCCCCCUCUUGCCAUCCUGCUCCCCCUCUUGCGAUCCCAUUCUCCCUCGUGCCAUCCCGUUCCCCCUCUUGCCAUCAUGUUCCCCCUCUUGCCAUCCCGUUCCUGCCAUCCCGUUCCCCCUCUUGCCAUCCCGUUCCCCCUUGUGCCAUCCCGUUCCUCCUCUUGCCAUCCCGUUCCUCCUCUUGCCAUCCCGUUCCUCCUCUUGUCAUCCCGUUCCCCCUCUUGCCAUCCCGUUCCCCCUCUUGCCAUCCCGUUACCCCUCUUGCCAUCCCGUUCCCCCUCUUGCCAUCACAUCCCCCCUCUUGCCAUCCCGUUCCCCCUCUUGCCAUCCCGUUCCCCCUCUUGUAAUUCCGUUCCCCCUCUUGCCAUCCCGUUCCCCCUCUUGCCAUCCCGUUCCCCCUCUUGCCAUCCCGUUCCCCCUAUUGCCAUGGUGCCAUGGUGCACACGCACUUCUAUGCUCACUUCCCUCAUCUAUCCUCUAGCCCCUUAUGCAUAUCAUCCCCACCUCCUUCCUUCCCCUCCCCCCUCCCUUCUCUUCCCCCCCUCCCUCCCCCUCCCCCCUCUCCCCUCUCAUCCCCGUUCAGCCCAUCCCUGA